AUGGAUGUGCUAAGAUUGAUCCAUUCACAGCUGAUACUUUCGCUACCUUUGAACAAGUUAGAGCUCCCACAAGAUGCUGGUUUCACUGCUGAACUAACAAAAUUGAUCCUAAAUGGUGAAUAUCAUAAAGUAUUACAACAUGAAACUAUUUUACCAAUAAUAGAAUCAAAUAAAUCACAAUUAAUCGCUUCAGAAAAUAUAAAUGAAAAUAUUGCAAAUUUUGCUACCAAUAUUUCUAAAGAUCAACAAACCGCGCUAUUCAUUGCUAUUGCUUCAUUAUAUUUAUUCAUUCAAAAUAAUUUUACUGGUCCUCAAUCUCCAUUAAAAUCAAUUGAAUUUUUAUACCCUGAAGGUUCACAAGUUGAUCAAAUACAUCAACAAGCCAUCGAUUCAUUAAGUGCUUAUGGUCAAGUUGCAUAUGAUGGUGCUCAAGAUCCAUUAUAUUUAUUAUUAUCUUUACAUAUUUUGGAAAAAUUAGCUAAUGUUAGUAAAUCAUUAUUAUUGAAUCAUUUUAAUUCUUCAGAAGAAUUUGUUGAAGAGGAAAAUUUACAACAAGAUGAUGUUUUGAAAGCUGCUAUCAACUGGUGGAGAUCAAGAGCUAUUAUGAUUCAAUUAUCACUUUUCCCAGAAUUUUCAGGUCCUCAUAUUAGUGUUAGUGCAUCAAUUUUAAAUGCUUCUGUUGUUAAAGCUCUUGGAUUUGGUCUUAAUGAAACUUUACAACAACAAUUAUCAAUUAUUUAUCAAUUGGAGAAAUCUAAGAAUUCUUUAGAUUCAAAUUUGGAACAUUUAGCUCAACCUCAUUUAUCAAGUGUUAGAAAUUUAACAAAUUUUGAAUUUGUAUUAACUGGUGCAAAAGCUAAAAGAACAAAAUUCCAAACUAAAGCUAACUCAGGUCUUAUUGUCCUUGCUAAAUCAAAUUACUUUGUUAAUGAUGAUAUUACAGAACAAUCACCAGAAAGUUAUGAAUUAAAUUCAGAUUUAUUAUUAGAGAAACCUCAUUUUGAAGAUAUUGGUAAUGAAGAUAUUGAUGAACAAAUUUAUAAAAAACAAAAAACUGAUUUACAAGAAAUUGAUUAUUCAACUUUAUUACCAGUUAGUUUAAGAUCAGAAUAUAUUCCUGAAUCAUUAAAAUCAUUAGAUCCAAAUAAUCAACCACAAUUAUCUGAUUAUGAUAAUAUUCAAUUAUUAUUACGUCUUUAUACAUUACGUCAAACUUCACCUUCAAAUGAUAAUUUAGUUUCAGCUCAAUUAAUGUCAUUGGUAUCUCGUGUCUUAUACCAAUCAAAUACAACUGCAAUCAAUUAUACAAUUUUUUCUAGAGCAUUAUGGGAAAGAUCUAUUUUAGAAACAACAAAAGCAAGAACUAUUGAACGUGGUAUAUUACAAAUGCAAUCACUUGUUGAAGAAAUUGGUUUAAAAAUUCAAACAAGAUUUAUUCCAACUUCAAAUGAUGAAAUUUCUACAGCUGCAACUCGUUCAAGAUAUAUUUUCCAAAUUCCUUCAAUUCCUCGUUGGGAUCUUGAUACUAAAUUAGCAGAAAAAUUCAUGUCAUUAGGUUUAAUCAAAAGUGCUAUUGAAAUUUAUGAAAGAUUAGGUCUUGAAGUUGAUGUUGCAUUAUGUCAUGCAACUAUUGGUGAAGAAUCAAAAGCUAUUGAAAUCAUCAAGAAAAGAAUUUCAAAUCAUCCAAAUGAUGCAAGAGCCAUAGCUGUAUUAGGUGAUUUAUUAGGUGAACCAGAAUAUUGGUAUAAAGCAUGGGAAAUUGGUAAAUAUGUUAAGGCAAAAGUUUCAUUAUCAAAAUAUAAUUAUUAUCCACCAAAAGGUAUUGAAAGAAAUAUUGAACAAGCUAUUAUUCAUAUGAAUGAUGCAUUAAGUAUUAAUCCAAUUAAUUUUAGUAAUUGGUUUUUCUAUGGUUGUUUAGGUUUAGAAUCUAAUCAAUUUGAAUUAGCUGCUGAAGCUUUCACACGUUGUGUUGCAUUAGAUGAUUCAAAUUCUUUAUCAUGGUCAAAUUUAGCAAGUGCACAUUUAAGUUUAAAUAAAACUAGAGAAGCAUUUCAUGCAUUGAAAAAGGCAGUUGCCUCGACUGAUAACAAGAAAAGUUGGAGAAUUUGGGAUAAUUAUUUAAUCGUUGCAGCUAAAUUAAAAGAAUGGGAUGAAGUUUUAUUAGCAUGUAGAAGAUUAGUGGAAAAUAGAAAAGAUGAAUCAGGUGAAGGUUCAAUUGAUAUUCCAGUUGUGGAAAAAUUAGUUGAAAUGCUAGUACAACAAGAUUAUCCAAAUGAUGAAGAAGAUUUAACAUUUUUCCAAAAAUCUUGUAUUGAAUUUACAACAAUUAUGUUACCAAAUGUUAUUAAUUCAUCAUCAAGAUUAUGGAGAAUCAUUUCAAGAGUUGAACUUUGGAGAAAGAGACCAUGGGCAAGUUUAGAAUGUCAUGAAAAGGCAUAUAGAGCAUUAAGUCAUAAUCCAGAAUUAGAAUUGGAUGAAACUGUUUGGAAUGAUACAGUUGAAGCAUGUUCUGAUUUGGUUGCAGCUUAUGAAUCAUUAGGUGAAUUACCUGGUAAACAUGGUGCUGAUGAUUUAGUUUGUAAAGACUGGAGAUAUAAGGCUGUACAAACUAUUAAAUCAUUAAUGAGUAAAGGAAGACAAAGUUGGGAAGAUACUGAAGGUUGGGAACAAUUAAAAGAAAUGAGAAAAAGUUUAUAG